ACAUCAAACUCGUAAUGUAUCAUGGGAAAUGGUGAAUGACUGAUUGAUCUACAAACAACAAUGAGUCGUUAUUUAUGACGGACGGUGAUUUGUAGAUCAAUCAGUCGGCAGUCUCCUCCACUGUCGGCUGCAAUGUCGAACAAGACUAUUGAUGUCAACAAACCCCAUAUGAUCGUGCGACGCAAGCAAGCUUCCUAGACGCAGCGUAAAAUAUUUUGUGAUGAAGGAGGAGCCCAGGGGCUGCUACCAGAGCAGGUACACCCAGUGAGGGUCGGGAGAGACCAUGGACCUGAGUGAGAGGAGGCCCAACAAGUGGUGGACAGAGUCGGACACCUUCGCCAUGCUGGCCCUCAUCGAGCAGCUGGACCUGGUGCAUGAGCUGGAUAAGAAGCGCCAGCGCAACGACUCGCACUUCCGCCGCCUGCGCUACAGCCUGGCCAAGCGGGACAUCUACUUCACUGUCAACCAGAUACGCAACCGCUGGAAGAGCCUCAAGCACAAGUACCGCAAGAUCAAGACGGCGGGAUACCGUAGCGCCGCUGCACGCCUGUCCGCCAUCGAGUCGUUCCGUUACUUUCGUAUGCUGGACCGCAUGCUGGCCAGGAGGCCCGGGUGAGGGGCCCCAGUGCAAGGCAUUGCAGAUGGACACAAUAUGGUGGUGUUGACCCCUUCAGACCUGGAGGAUCAUACUGAUGUAAAGAAGUGUAUGCUUUGCGUUGGCCUGCUCUGCUCACCCUUCUUCUCAGGUGAUGUUGCUCAGCCCGAAUCUGCGGCCCCUUGGCAGGACAGCCUGGCUCCAGCUCUAGAGGGAGAAGCAGACGAGACUAAUGCCAUCCCAAUAGAGGCCAACGCCAGCACUCCGGGCUGGGCCUUGAAGUCAGACGAGAUAAUGACUUUGGGUCUGUCUGGAGAGUAUCUUUACCCAGUGAAGAGAGAGCCACAUUCAGUACCCUCUUUACAUGAUGAUGAGGGAGCUAGGGACUCCACUGGCUGCAGUCCACAAGAACAAACUGGCACUUGUGAGGACACCAGCACCCUGAUCCUCCAGCAGCUCACCAUCCUGAACCAUCAGCUAGGGGAACAACUCACUGAGCAAAGGGCCUUCCACUGCAGCAUGCUGGGUAUGAUGGACCGACAGAUAGAGGUCCUGGAGCAGCUCUCCAACUGCUCCACAGGCCGCCAGGUCAAGGCCGAACCCGAUGACAGUAAUACUCCUAUCAGCCAGCAGGUCCACAACUCCCUGGUGCGCAUCUUGAGAGGAGUGGAACAGGUCCAAACCCAAGGACACCAGCAAUGCUCAUGCAAGGCCUACCCCUCACAGCCUACAUCACCCUCCAGGGAUGAGAACUCAACUAGUGACACAUCCAACCCUCAGCCCUCAGACCAUGGGCGUCCUGAACCUCAAGGACCAUCCCCCUCAGAGCAGCUUCCCACUUCCCCACAGAAGGGUGUUUUGCUUAACGGACUCUCAAACAAGUUCCAGCACAACUGAGUGCUCUUGAAGCUUCAUUCUGACACAGGAGAGCAUACACUAUUAGGAAAAAUGGUUUCAAAUGGGUUCUUCAGUUGUCCCCAUAGGAGAACCCUUUUAGGAUCCAGGUAGAAUCUUUUUUGGUUUCAGGUAAAACACAUUUUUUCCAUGUAGAACCCUCUAAAAAGGGUUCUGCAUGGAACCUAAAAAUGGUUCUACCUGAAACCAAAAAAAAAAGGUUAUUCAAAGGGUUAUCCUAUGGGGACAGCCGAAGAAUUGUUUCAGGUUCUGGAUAUAAACUUUUUUUUUCUAAGAGUGUUGAAUAAAAAUAUAUGGGUGCUUA